ACAGAACUAUUCGAAAUACCUUUACCUUCUCUCUCUCUCUAUUCUCUGCACGCAGAAAGUGCAUUGUUGGGGCUCGGGAAUCCGCCAUGGAUGACACCGGAGAAGCGUCUAAGCCAUCUCUGCAGCUCCAAAAUACAUGCGCCGACAGCGGCGGCGGAGUUGGCGGUGGUGAUGAGCCUAGUGGAGCGACGACUGGAACUGAGACUUCAGAAGAAGCUGAAGUGGGAGGUUCUGACUCCGAAGAAACCCUAGAUACGGUGGACUCGCCUUCCAUACAGUUGAAUAAGAGUGCUAGCCGACCGGAUUCCCUUGCUUCCUCCUCCUCGCACGUGCUCUCUGAAGUUCCAAUCGAGUAUAGCUUGCACCCGACCGAAUUCCUGAAGGAAAUCAAGGAUGAGGUUGGCAUUUCUAACCAGAAAGCUUCAACUGUUCAAGCUCAAAGGCGGAACCAACUGCAGUCUGCUGAUGAUCCAUCUGUGUUGGAAUUAUCUCCAACUUCUGUUACACAGUCCAUUUCAUCCAUUCCCAGCCCAACUCCAGGAGAGCGAAGAUUGUCUCCAUUAGAGAACAGAAAUGGCGCAUGCAUCCAAGAAGUAGAUAACCAGAAUUCUUCCAACUCCAAAGCGUUAUCUCUUGUUCCUGUCUUAAAGAUACAAGCACCUGAUGGGUACAAUUGGCGGAAAUAUGGUCAAAAGCAAGUGAAGAGUCCUCAAGGUUCUCGGAGCUAUUACAGAUGCACAUAUUCUGACUGCUGUGCAAAAAAGAUUGAGUGUUCUGAUCACACUAACCGUGUUACAGAGAUUGUUUAUAGAAGUCCUCACAAUCAUGAGCCACCCCGAAAAGUAAAUACCCCUAAAGUAAACACCCCUAAAGUAAACAAGCUUGCAAUCUCAUCUAUGCCUCGUAGUCAGGAUAGCAAAGUAGCUCGCCUAAAUAGUAAUGCUGAUGAGACAGUGCCGUCCACUUCAAAGAAACAUGUUAAAGAAACAACACCAAUAUCGGAGACAAAGCAGCGGGAUUCCUCUGGAUUGGAUGACAAUGCUGAAACUAAUGUUAAAGGGGAGGAUUGUGAUGAACCUACACAGAAGAAAAGAUUGAAGAAAUGUUCCUCAAGUCCUGAGUCUCUUCCUAAACCUGGCAAGAAAGCAAAAUUGGUUGUUCACGCUGGUGGUGAUGUGGGAAUCUCAAGUGAUGGCUAUAGGUGGCGCAAGUAUGGACAAAAAAUGGUGAAGGGUAAUCCCCAUCCCAGGAACUAUUAUCGGUGCACUUCGGCUGGAUGUCCUGUUCGGAAGCACAUUGAGAGGGCUGUAGACAACACGACUGCUGUCAUUAUAACCUAUAAGGGGGUUCAUGAUCAUGGCAUGCCAGUACCUAAGAAACGUUAUGGCCAACCUAGUGCUCCCCUAGUUGCUGCGACAGCCUCCGCUUCCAUGACUGAUUCGCAGACUAAGAAAUCUGAACCAACCACCCAGUGGUCAGUAGACAAAGAGGGUGCAUUAACAGGCGAGACAUUGGAGCAUGAAGGGGAGAAAACCGUGGAAUCAGCUAAAACUCUAUUGAGUAUUGGAUUUGAAAUCAAGCCUUGUUGAAACCCCCCUUUUCGACUUUGAUCUUGUUUCUUAUUAUUUCUCCUAGAGCUGCGGUUUUUUUUUUUUUUUUUUCAGUAGUGUGUAUCUUUUUCCCCAUGUUCUGUAUCUUUGCAUUCGAAAUCUGUAGGCUUGAACAUAUUGAUAGCCGUGGGGCAGUGUAUAAAUGAUUGUACUCAUCUUCUCUGUAAAUUGCUAUGUAUCAAAUGAAUUCAAAUAGAACAGAUCAAGGAUCAGCCACACCUGCUGAUUCUGCUCCCCUCCACUUUCUUAA